AGCUCCGUCCUUCCAUCCCAGAGCGCCGCCGAGCAGCAGAACGCAGGAGGCAGUUGACGGGGGAAGCGUUUUAUUUUCGUUUUUUAAAGGGACAGGGUCGACUUGCGACGCGCCGAGACGGACUUUUCCCUCGCCGCUAACCUCCCAGGGACGCGAAACAAGUCGGAGCGAUGCGUCGGACGGUUGUUAUGAGGUAAAAAAAAUAUUGAGGGAGAGGGAUCCCAAAAAAGCCUCUCCUGCUCUCGCUGUUUCUCUGAGGUAACUACACUAGCUAGCCUUGGCUAGCAUUAGCUCCCCUUUCCCCGUUUCUGCCUUCGCUUGGCCCUGGUUUGAGACGUUUUACUGGACAGGGUUCCCCCCAGUUUAAAUCCACCAGCCUCGGCUAAAAAAAAAAACAACAACUUCGCCGUUCUUGCGGGUUAUGGUGGCCAGCGUCUUGCACCAAGGGAACAACAAGUAAUCAUGCCUUCUCUGACAUCACGGCUGUGCGUGUGAUGGGAGAUUUCAGUUUGAACUGAUCUGCCUGGGAGAGGAUGAGAGCCAUUCACCUGUGGAAGGAGCAGCUUGCUGACCUGGACAGCGGCCUCUUGCGCUGAGAGCGCGGGCCAGCCGUCGCUGCGGCCUCCUGUGGGUUCGCCCUGUAAUCAUGCACGUUCUUCUGUGAGGUGCGUCCGUUUCGCAUAUGUAGCCUGGGAACUGCGUCAGGACUCUCUCAUGGCUCGACUUGGUCAGAGAGUGACACGGGACACCCCGUCUGCAUUUAGUGGCAACGCGAUGAGGCUGUCCAGGGGGUCGACCCCACUGUGAGUCUGUCUCACACGCGUCGCCUGCCCCGGAAACCAAUCGCCGCAGCGCGACUUCUUUAGAGGAAAGUUGUAGUGCUCCGUCCUCCCGUUUCCGAGAGACACGAUGACACGUAGUGUUGGGACAGUGAAGCACGUGUGAUCUCUCCAGCGGAGUCGAGCACGAACCCAGAAAAAUGAAUGGUGGAAAGGAGAGUGAGAGAGGGGAAGGGGAGGGGCAGUCAGCGCCUGCCCAGGUCCCCAUUGGCUGGCAACGGAAGGUGGAGCCCACUGGGGUCGUCUAUAUCAGUCCCAGUGGUUCAGUGCUGUCCUGCCUGGAUCAGGUGAAGUCCUACCUACUCACAGAUGGCACCUGUAAGUGUGGCUUGGAGUGUCCACUUAUCCUCCCAAAGGUUUUUAAUUUCGAUCCUGGGGCCGUUGUCAAGCAGAGGACUGCGGAGGAUGUUAAGGCUGAUGAAGACGUCACAAAGCUCUGUAUCCACAAGAGAAAGCUCAUCGCUGUGGCCACUCUGCACAAGAGCAUGGAGCUCCCUCACCCCUCCCUAACACUGACCGGAUCCAGUGCAGGCACAAGUGUGACCUCCAUAGCCCCUACCAUCCAGCGGUCUGCAACCCCUCGAGCAAUAAGGAAUAAGUCCCAUGAGGGGCUGACUAACUCGACGCUGCCAGACUGCAAGAACCCGUUCAAGAUGAUGAUGGCAGCGGGACAGCGGCACUACUCUGCAGACAUGAGCGGCACUCAGCACCCGGAACACUAUUCCGGAUACCCUCGGCAGAGGCUGGGCAACAGCGAUCCGGGGCCCAAGUCCCCAUACCGCAGCGGCCCCGGAGGCAUGCUUAGCCCCUCGUCGGGCUCGCAGAUCUACGGAGACGGCUCUGUGUCCCCCAGAACGGACCCCUUGGGCGGUCCAGAUGGGUUUGUGCGAAGCAAUGCCUGUGGCUUCCAAGGGGCAGGAAGUCCCAGCCCGAUUCAUGGCAACAGCAGGACGCCCCUGUCUCCUCCUGGCAUCCUGAUCCACGGUUCUUCUGCUUCCCAGCUGGCCUGUGCCAUGGCUGGAAGGACUAACACGCCUCUAUCGCCACCAGUCCCAAACAAAAGCCCAAUCAUGAAAAAGCCACAUUGUAACGUCAACUAUCCGCCUAGCAUGGAAAUGACAAGAGCAGUAUUUCAUCAUAAGGCCCAAUCUGCACCUCACCCUGUUCCUCCCUCUGCUAUUCCCCCAUCAUGCGCCCUCCAGAAAAAGCAGAUGACCUCAGAGAAAGACCCUCUGGGGAUCCUAGACCCCAUUCCCAGCAAACCCAUCAUUCAGAGUCCCAUGACGAACCCAAGCCCAUCCAACUUCCAGCCCAAUGCCCACGCUCAGGUACCAAUGUUGAAUGUAAACAUCCCUCCUGCCAUAGUCCCGCUGCCAAGCAACCUUCCCUUACCAACCGUUAAACCUGGGCCAGUAGGUCAUGGUGGGCACAUGCAGAGGACUCAGCAUGGGGUCGCCACCUCCAUCUCCCCCUCACCCGUUACAUCCCCUGUGCACAUGUCCGGGCCUGCGCUGGGCCGUGUGGAGGCCUCACCACAGCGCUCCCGGUCCUCUUCCACCUCCUCGGACCAUGGAAGCUUCGCCCUGCCCUCGGGGCCUCAGGGCCCCUGUGUGAGCAUGAAGGUCCCGCCACGAUCUCCUCGCUCCUCCAUGGGCUCCCCCAGACCCACCAUGCCUUCCAGUCCAUCUGCCAAGCCCGAAACACUCCACCAGUACAAAGAUCCCAACCAGGUUCUGGUGGGGAUGAGCAAUGCGAUCAGCAGUCAGCACAACCCCAUGUUUCCCCCAGUGUCAGGCAGCAGUGCCCCCCAGAAGAACCACCCAGGACUCCUCGGAAUGCCCCUUAACCAGAUCCUCAACCAACACAACGCUGCCUCCUUCCCCGCCAGCAGUCUACUCUCUGCAGCAGCCAAAGCACAGCUAGCAAAUCAAAACAAACUUGGUGGUAGCAGUGGUGGGAUGGGUGGUGCAGGGACUGGCAUGGGCAUUGGGCCAGCCAUGGGUGCUGGUGCCGCAGGCAUGGCCGGGGGUGGUAAUAGCGGGAGCGGAAGCAGUGGGCUGCCUUGCUCUCUUGGAGGUGGGGGAGGUAGCAGGGUCAUGGAAGGGCCCAGUGCUUUAAAUCCUAUGUUGCCACCCAGUUCGUCCAUGUUGAUGCCCAUGCCCGAGGGCCAGAGCGGGCGUGCGGCACUGCGGGACAAGCUAAUGGCCCAGCAGCGCGACCCUCUCCGCAAACGCAAGCAGCUUCCCUCCAGCGGAAACCACGACACCAUGGUCUUCAGCAUGCUGAAGCCCGACACGGCCGGCCCCAGGCCGCCUUGCCCACCCCCAGAGCAGAUGAGGAAAGUUCCCAGGCUUGGAGGCCUACCACCCAACACCUCCAUGGCCCAGCUGCUCCAGUCAAUGAGCACCCAGGGCUCCCACAUGGCCAGGGGCAGUCGGACGCUGCCUACAGGCCCCGGUCAGUUGCACUUCGGCGAGGGUGUUAUUCCUCCUGGCGUCGCCCAACAGAACAUGCAGUUACAACAGCGGCUCCACACCCAGGCAGACCCGAUGCACUGUACUGGAAUGGAGCCUGGUCCACAGGGCCCUCCGGCGCAGUUCCCAGGGAUGAUGAACCAGAUGCAGGCCGUGGUUAUGGGGAGCUGUGGGCCUUUGGGCCAAAGUGGACAGGUUCCUCUGGGACACCCAGCCAUGGGUCACCCGAACACUCACCUACACCAACAUCCUCCUCAUGGUCACAUCCGACCAAAUAUGUCCUGUAUGGUACCCAGCAACAGUGAUGCUAGCUGUGCUCAAGCCAUGUCUGAUGCAGGUGAAGCCUCAGCGCUGAACUGCACUAUGGGUAACCCUCAGAUGGCUGGGAUCAUGGGCAGCACGGGACACAUGUACCAGCAGCAACAGCUGCACGCAGCACUUCAGGGUGUACAUGGGGUUUCCCCAUACCAGACCCAGGGGCACCCCUAUUCAGAAGUGUCCUUUCCUGAGAAUAAUGCCCCCAACUCUAACAACAUGGCCUGUCUGUACCAGGACUACCAGGCAUGCAUGCCUGAUGGCACACCCAUCUCCCGCACCCAGAUGAAGUCCCAGGCCGGCAUGACAUCACUUCCCUCCAAGACGGGAAUGUUCCAGGAAGGUCAGCAGGAGCUGCGUGGCCAGAACGAGGUCAACAUGGCAGCGGCCGCCAGAGGUCCAGGGUUGGAGAGGUUGCCGGGGGGCGGGGUAGAGGCAGUGGAUGCGAUCUACCGGGCAGUGGUGGAUGCGGCCAGUAAGGGCAUGCAUGUGACCAUCACGACGACGGUGAGCAGUGUCACGCAGGCCAGCCCCGUCCCCGCCCUCAGCGCCAUGACGGCUUUCACCGCCUCCAUCGGCGAGCCCCUUAGUCUCCCGCACGCCGUCAGCGCCGUCAUCCACGGUCCCCGCGGCCCCGAGGGCACUGAGCCGGCGACCCAGCCCUGCAGCAGAGCCCCACCUCCACCCCUGCUGCCAUCACGAACCGCCCACGCACGCAGGAGUUCAGAGCAGGGUAAGAGCACGCCCGACAGCACGGACGUGCACGACUACUUCCGCUCGCCUGGUGCUGCCACGCCCCGCCAGCAGUGGGAGGAUCCGACCCACACCCAGUGGAGAGGGGAGGAGUUUCUGGAGUGUUCCACACAGGUGCGCAGCAGUCCGCGUGGUGACGCAGCUGAGAGGGCGGGCGUCACGGUGACGACGGCCCCGCCUCUGUGCCCCGCGGAAGCGGCGCCGCAGCCACACGACCCGCCCGAGCCGACGGGCGAUGACGUCGGAGGCUUCCGCUACAACCACUGCGCCCGCACACCCGUCAACUUCAAAGAGCGGCUGGAGCAGACGGUGGAGCGCUGCGCGCACGUUAACGGAGCCCGUAGCAGCUACAGCGAGCCGCUCACUGGCGAUGACCAGUCGCCCGGCUCCUCCACCAGCCUGGAGGGCCCACUGCUGAAGGACUACGCUCACUUUAACGGGCACUUCAACGGGCACUGUGCGCCCAGCCCCUCCGACACCAAGAGCCUAAGCAGUGAGGAGGAGCUACGGCACCCAGACUCACCCUCCACCGACCUGCUGCACUACCGUCCCCGUGGCUUCAAUGUGGGUGAGCUUGUCUGGCCAAUCAAAGGCUUUCCUCCGUGGCCUAACAAGCUAGUGGGGGAGGAGCAUGGGCACAAUCCCAGCAUGCAACUGUCUGACCAGGCCAAGGUGGAGCCCGAGAAGCUAAAGACACUAACACAGGACCUGGAGGCACUGGACAGGGCUGCCAAAAGAAACAGAAAAACUGGGAAGCUGAAUAACCAUUUAGAAGCUGCUAUCCAGGAAGCCAUGAGUGAGCUGGACAAGAUGUCAGGCACUGUUCAUCCAAUGUCCUCACGGGAGAGAGAACGGCAGGUCAAACUGCCAAAGCCCAAAAGAAGGAAAAUCUCCAGAUAACAGAAAGAGACAACAGUGACCAGAGCAGCAUCCAGCCUCAGAGAUCCCCCCACAACGCUCUCGCUCUCUCUCUCACUCUUUCUCUCGCUCUCUCUCUGGUAAACUCCGACCUGGUGCUAUACUCUAGCAGAUGGCUCAUCAAGGCCCCACCCUCACAAAGUGACUGACAGGUGCUGGAUAAGCCAAUCAGUAAUGGUGGCGAUUUGACUACAACUCACUGAAGAACUAUUUUUUUGUAGAAUACAAAGAAAAUAUAAAAAAAAGAAGAAAAAAAUUACUGCAUUUAAGAGAAUAGACAGUCCAAAUAUUUCUGAUACAUUUUCAAUGUGUAUAUAGACAAUACGGAAAUUUCAUGGUGAAAUCUUGGGAAGAAAUGUAAAUAUUGUACGAUAAUGCCAUGUACAAGCAGACACAAUGCAUACUUUAUCUUAAGUUGUACAAAAGAAAAAGUCAAAGCAGAAAACGCCUACCAAUGUGUUGGUUUCUAUUCAGUUCUCGGCUCCUUAAGGCCACGUGUGAAUAGGGUGAGUAAGAAGAGUCAGUCGGAUGCUUUUAUGUGCUUUUGUUGGUGUGUGUGUGUGUGUGUGUGUGUGUGUGUGUGUGUGUGGGGCAGGCAUGAAGAUGUAACCCUGAAUGGACAUUUGCUCACACGACGGCAGUAAGUGUGUGUGUAACAGAUUGGAUGUUCAUUCACAGCUGUUUUGUGUGUGUGCGUGUGAGAAGAGUGGACUUCACCAGCUGAAAGGGGUAUGUUACGUUGCAGGCUCGAGUAAAGCGUUUGGGCUCCUGUAAUUCUGGUCUUCCGCCAAUGAACACUGCAAGACCACAUAUGACUGGUCUCCCUUCCCUCCUGCCCCCUCUCAUUAUCCAGUGCCAGUGGAUGACACAUUUUUUUUUGGUAGUCUUAUGACACAAUUUUUUUUUUCUUUUCUUUUUCUUCUUCUUCUGGUGAGAUCUGUAAUAUUUUGGUACCAGCUACUAGUCUUGAUCUUUUGUGUCGAACUGUGGACUGCAGAACAGGGGUCACACUGAGUACCCCGCUCCCGCUGCAGCUCCGUGUGAGCUCAUCAUCUCCACAUCGGUCACCUUCCUCCAAAUCAAUGUUUUUGUUUCCUUCACUAAAGCGCGUUCGACUUGAAACAGACUGCAGACGUCAUCAAGGGAGAGGAGUUCAAUUUGCAGUUAGAGGCCUUAUAUUUUUGUUAUAAAUUAUUUAUGUACAGUAUUCUGUAUUUAUUUUAGCUGUUCAAUUGUACUUGGCAAUAAUACAACCCUGAGCUAAUGCUCUGUAAAGCCUUACGUGUGUAUGUAUAAAGCCUAUAUCUAUAUGUAUCAGUCUUGUUCAAGAGAUAUGGCCUUGAUAUUCAGUAUUGUUCAUUUAACAGAUACCUAUAUUUUUGCCCUGUUUAUUUAAUGUGUGUGGUGGUGCGGAACACAGCUUGUCAUUGUGUUGUGUAACACUGUUGUUUUCUGUUUGCGACAGCGAGUGUAAAGUUUUAAGGAGAGCUAGCCAGUCCGACAAAAUGCUGAAAUCUUGUACAGACUCAGGAAUACCUGUCAUCCGUUCAGAUUUCACUUAAAAGAGGAGAGGAGAGAGGGUUAUGAUUUAUGAUUUAAGAGGUACACACAAGGUGUGUGUGUGUGUGUGUG